AUGAGAGCGCAGCGCGCGUAUGCGUUUCUUCUUCUCCCAUAUUCCGCGCCCUGCCACGUCGCUUUUCCCCGUCCUUCCGCGCCCCCUUUUCCACACCCUCCCGCAGCCCCCUUACCCGCCCUUCCGCGCCCCACCUUUCCGCGCGCGCGUAUGUCACUAUCACGCCCCCCCUCCCCUCUCCAAAUGCCUUCCAUAUUCCGUUCUUACCUGACUCCCCCUUCCUGCCCACUUCCCCCCCCCUUCCUGCCCCUCCUUGCCCUUCUCGUCUCUCUUCCCCCAUUCUGGUCCCCCUUCUCCCGUUCUCAUCCCCCUUCCCCCAUUCUUUCCCCCACCCCUCUCCUUACCCGUUCUCUUCCCCUCUUCCAGCCGUCAGCGGCGGACCUAAUGAAGGCGCAGCGGAAGGCGGAGGUCUGCGCGGGGAAGGGCGCGGGCGCGAGGCGACGAGGCUGCGGGUGGUGCGACGUUGCUGCGUGGACGGGUCUCGUGGUGUCGCUGGCGCUUGUGGGGUUCGGCCUGGCGAUUCUCAUCCUCGCUCUCACAUUCAACACCGAGGACCCCAAGUUUGAAAUCCUCAAGGUGGAUCUGAAACAGCUAAACUUUGGAACUUCCGGGAACCUUCUGUUUGACUUCAACAACUUUAAAGUCAAGGCGAACGGCAAGGCGGACGUCAAGGCGCUGGUGGUUAACCCUAACAACCACGAGGUGAUCGUGGAGGCGCUGAAUGUCAACCUGAAGCUCUUCAACGUUGACAUUGCCAACACCUCGAUUCCCGGAUUUGAGCUCUCAAAGAAGGGGAAUAUCACACUGAGCAUUCCAUUUCCCAUCAAGAAUCUUCCGCUCAUUGCUACCGGAAAGCAGGACAACCUCAUUACUACAUCACUGCGGAAGGGACAAGUGGAUGUCCAGCUCAAUAUUGACUCUAGAGGCAAGGUGAAGAUUUUGGGAAUGGCAACACCAUCAUAUAAUCUCCUUAUUGCGUGCAACAUCACAGUCGAUCCAUUUGGAGGGAACCAGCUGUUUCGACAGAAAUGUUUCAAGACCAGAUCAAAAGCAUAA